UUUUAGUAUUGGUUGUUUUGUAUUUUGGUAUUGUCGCCAGCGUUUUGUGACGCAAGUGCACGCAUUUGGUUACGAAUUCGGGCACAUCGCCUCGAGCGCGGUAUAAAAGCCCCAGUUGGACACUGUUCAAAUCAGUUCACAUCCAAUUACGGUAUCUAGAGCAACCCAAGCAAACCUCAAAACAAUGGCAUUCAAAUUCACCAUUCUCUUCGCCGCCUGCAUCGCCGUGGCCAGCGCCGGUGUCGUUCCCGUUGCCGCACCCUUCGCCGCCGUUGCGCAGGUGGAGGAAUACGAUCCUCAUCCCCAAUACACCUACGGAUAUGACGUCAAGGACGCGCUCUCCGGCGAUUCGAAGACCCAGGUGGAGACCCGUGAUGGUGAUUUGGUCCAGGGCCAGUACUCGCUGAACGACGCCGAUGGCUACCGUCGCAUUGUGGACUACACGGCCGAUUCCAUCAAUGGCUUCAAUGCUGUGGUCCGCCGCGAACCAUUGGUCGCGGCUGUGGCCGCUGCUCCCGUCGUGGCUGCCCCAGCUCCAGUUGUGCGUGCCGCUCCCGUCGUUGCUGCCCCAGCACCAGUUGUUCACGCCGCUCCCUUCGCGGCUGCUGCUCCCUUUGCCUAUGCAGCUGGCCCGGCACCAAUUGUAAAGGCCGCCGCUCCUCUGGUCGCCGCUGGUCCAGCCUUCGUCAAGACGCAGUUCGCUUCGCCUCUUAUCUCGUACGCCUAUUAGAUGACCAAAUAGGUGCUGCCCGACCUGAUAAUUGCCGUUAGUUGUUAUUGAAUAAAGAAUGUGAUGUCAUAG